AUGAACAAAAUUGUCAUGAAUACGUCUAGUGAAAAAAAAGAUUCAAAUAAAACUAAACCAUCUUCAGCAAUUCUAAUUGAUGAACCAAUUCGUAUGCAACCAGCACAUGUACGAAUUCCUCAUCACUUUUUAUUUUCACUUAUUUCAACUAUUUGUUUAUGUCCAGCAACAGGUCUUAUUGCAUUAGCUUAUUCAAUAAAAAGUUCGGCUAAAGCAGAUGUUAAUUUUCAUGAUAAAGCUCGACGUUAUUCACGUUAUGCUUUAAUUUGGAAUAUAAUUUCGGUUAUUUUUGUUAUUGCUUUAACAAUCUUCACGGUGUUCGUCUAUUAUGGAACAGACAAAAUGAAAACAGUUUAUUUUGAUCCCACGUAUUACCAGCAACGAUAUAGUGAUGUUCAUAAAUCAAUUAAAUCAAUGAUGAAAACUUAA